AUGUCACAGAUAUUAAAAUGCUCAGUGAAUUGGUGCGAUUCAACGUCAGAGAAUUGUACAGAAAACGGAGAAGAUGUAACAUUUCAUACAUUCCCGAAGUGUCAAAAUAUAAGAGACACGUGGAUAGAUGCUUGUAAGAAUGAUGAUGAAGACUGGAAACCUUCCCAGGACAGCGUUAUAUGCUCCAGACACUUCACUGACGACUGCUUCAGACAGACAAAACCUCGCCGGAUGAAGUUUAAAAGUACACCCACUUUGCACUUACCGAAGAAGAUUGUAUGGGAGAGAUCUCUAAGAGACCAGGUCAUGAUGGACUAUUUGAGAGCACUUAACGACAAGAGACGGCUGAUAAAGUUGUUAAAAGAAAAGCUACUCAUGGAAAGGAGACAUGAUAGAAGAAAAACAUAA